GCCAGUAGCAAACGAGGAGCUGUCAAACGAAAACUAGCUUGUUAUGGUUCAAACCUUUCAUAACAUUAUCGCCAAACCUGGAAGAUUUGUUCACUUUUGUUCCUGUGUAAUCUUGUACAAAGUGACCCAGUAUACGUGUAACAAUAGAUAAGCCUAAGUGAAAAGGUGUUGUGAAACUCGUCAACACAAAAAUGUCCACACCAGCCGGAUAUGGGGAGCUGAUACAAUGUCCGUACGAAAAGGCUCACCGGAUUCAGGCUCACGCAAUGUCCAAACACCUGUUCAAAUGUCGGAAGAACCACCCGAACCAGAAACUGGUGUCCUGCCCGUUCAAUGAGUCCCACCGAGUGAACGAGAAGGAGCUCAAGUUGCACGUCCAAAGCUGCGAGGACCGGGCAUCGUUCGAAACGUAUAAAUACUGCAUCGCCAGCAAAUCCGCCAACGCGCCAGAGAACAACCCGCCGGAGCUGGUGUACAACAACAGUCCGCCGAAGGAUCCGUUCAAGGUGGGACGGUACUCCCAGAGCCGGAAGGAUGAAGACGAUGACGAGAAUUGGGACGACGAGAAGGAGCAAGAGCUGCCGGUUGCGAACGAUGAAGAGGAUGAGUGCUGGGACGACAUGAACGUUCCGGCGUACAACCCGCAAAAGUACUGCGAGCAGGCCAAGGUCAUCCGGAAGGCUACCCUCAAGGCGCCGGCGGAGAAAAAGGCUUUCUACGAGGCGGAACGGCUGCGUUUGCAAAACUUGCGGUUGAAGGAUUGAAUAAUAAUUUCCUUUUUCAAAAGGGUGUAACUUACGCUGUGAGUAACGAGUUAUCUCCUUUGCUAGUUCAGCAGAAUUCAAGUUUGAAACGGGAAACAUGCUGCUUUUAAAAUUGGUUGUAAUAUUAACAUUUAGGGUUGGGAUUGUAAUUUUGCGGGUAGUGUGUGGAAAAGUUUGUCGAAAACGAGUAUAUUUCCCCGGUCAAGAAAGAGAGUAUUUUUGUUCAAGUGAUUCAUAGAAUUCCAUGAAUGUGUCAUUAAAUGAUAGUUAUAGAUGAUAUAGAAAAGUUGAAAAAGUUGUCAGUUAUCCAAUAAAAAAGAUCAACAGAAAACAUAAUUAAACUAAAACAGGUCCAAGUACACUACAGAACUUAAAGAGGAGACUGGUCAAUGUUCAUUUGAGAAAACGUAUAAAAGAGUAUUUCCAGAGUUUUUUUUUGAAAAAAGGUCCUAUAAGCUAUAAGAUUCCCUAUUUUUAAGGGACUUUUAUCUAAUAAAACUUUAGAUUUGUCUUUUGCGUGCAAAACUUGGCCGCAUUGGCCAAUCUUCUUAAUUAGGAUCUCAAGUAUACACUCAUUUCACUAGAUGGCAAUGUUGAUGAAAUAAACAUGAUGUUAUAUAAAAAA